UUAAUGGCGCUUACAAAAAAACAGAUAUUGAACUUGGUAAUCAUAACUGUUUCAUUUUUCUUUGUCAUUUCAAUGGCUUUUAUAACAUGGUGCCUUGUUCGUAGAAGAAACAAAGCUAUCAAAAAUGUAACUUUUAAGAAUAGCUUCGUUAGGAAAGGAGUUGAAAGUUCAUCAAUUGAGGAAAGUAGACCGUAUAGAAAAAUUCAAGACUGCAUAAAUACUGAGUUCAAGACAUCAUUAGGUAAUUUUAAUACCGCUGAUUUAUUUACUUCGAUUGAGAAAGAAAAAAAUAACUUAGCAGGCUCACAAAAUACAAAUUUGUUUCCUAUAAAUAGCAGUACUAGAUUUACCGAUCAACAGAAAUCUUUAAAUUGUGUAAACCACACGUUUUCUUUGGACCACAAGGCAGUUCAUUUUGACAAUGACGUAAGUAAUAGAAAAACUAGCGACGAGUGGAUAUCAGAUAUUUUUGGGACAAAAUCUUAUUACGAAAUAAAAUAUCAAUUAACUUCUACGGGAAGUAUUGACGUUGAAGAGAAUUCCAUAUUUACCGUACCUAGUGUACCUAGUAUUGCAGUAAAAGCGUUUUUUAAUCACUAUAAAAGCGAAAAUAAAAUUAGGGAAGGUUUUAAAAUAAAUAAACCUCCUAAAAGUACAAUAACUUGCAUUAACGUUAAAGAAUUUUCUGCUUCAUGAAAAAAAAAUUUCUGCUUCAUGAAAAAAAAAGUAAGACAGCUUGGAUAACCGAUAAAUUUUUUAUCCCCUUGAAUUUUUGUUGAAGUGUACCAUCUACAAUUAAUGAGUUCACAGCUUAAAGGUUUUCGCUUUAUAAGAUUAUUAAACUGAUGAGCACUCAAUGAAAAAACGUCUAUUCCUACUGCUCCCAUAUAAAAAACUUGGACGUUUUUGAAAUGGACCAUCAUUUAAAUAGAUCAUCAUUUAAAUGGAUGGUUUUAAAACUAUUAAAUUCGUGAUACAUGUGUUCAAUAAACGAACUUUAUAUAGAAAACCUCAAAUAUAAAAUUAUUAUUUUCUAUUUAAUACUAAUUUAUUAAUGUAUUUUGUACAACGAAUUUUUUUUCUAGAA